AUGGGUACAGGCAAGAAAGAGGCCGCUCGCAAAGAGCGGCAGGGGAAAACUGGAGAUGGAAUGGCUAACGUCAAGGUCAAAGGCGAAAACUUCUACAGAGAUGCGAAGAAACUGAAGACUUUGAAUAUGUACAAGGAUGGACGGGCGCAACGAAAUGCCUCCGGCAAAAUUACCAAAGCCGCGUCCUACCAAUCUCGAGAACUCCCGAAUGCAAGGAUAGAACCUAACAGAAAAUGGUUUGGGAAUACUCGCGUGAUCUCUCAAGAAGCAUUAAAUUCCUUCCGUGAAGCUGUUGCUGAACGCGCAUCCGAUCCCUAUCAAGUGCUGCUGAAGACUAACAAACUUCCAAUGAGCUUGAUUCGGGAUGGCCAAGCCCCAAAUGGAUUAAAACAACAUGAAGCAAAAGUCGCAGUAGAAGCUGCGCCUUUCAGUGACACUUUCGGGCCCAAAGCUCAAAGGAAACGAGUUAAACUGAGCGUAGGGACACUGGAAGAACUUGCUGGAGAGACUGUGAAAAUGCACGAUACUUACGUGGAUCGCUUAGAGCAAGCAAAACUUCUCAGCGGAACCUCUGGUGAAGUUGGAAAUGACGCAGAUCAGGAUGGAGAACUUGCAAGCGCCAGGGAGCCGGUCUUUUCUAAAGGGCAAAGCAAAAGAAUCUGGAAUGAGCUAUACAAGGUUAUUGACUCCUCAGACGUUGUUAUUCAUGUACUCGACGCCAGAGACCCUGAAGGAACUCGCUGCAGGAGCAUUGAGAAAUAUAUUCGUGAAGAAGCUGCGCAUAAGCACCUUAUUUUUGUCCUGAAUAAGUGUGAUUUGGUGCCAACUCGGGUAGCCGCUUCCUGGGUUCGAACACUGUCAAAAGAUUACCCAACACUAGCUUUCCAUGCUUCCAUAAAUAACUCUUUUGGCAAAGGAUCGUUGAUUCAGCUACUGCGCCAAUUUUCAUCCCUUCACUCUGACAGAAAGCAAAUCUCCGUUGGUUUUAUUGGAUACCCCAACACAGGGAAAUCUUCGAUAAUUAAUACUCUACGUAAGAAGAAGGUUUGCACAGUGGCCCCGAUUCCAGGAGAGACAAAAGUUUGGCAAUAUAUCACUCUGAUGAAACGAAUUUAUUUGAUUGACUGUCCUGGAGUUGUUCCACCCAGCAAUAAUGAUACUGAAGAGGAUAUCCUUCUCCGGGGAGUCGUCCGUGUGGAAAAUGUCGAGAACCCUGAACAAUACAUUCCUGGAGUCCUUAAACGGACCCAGCGAAAACACAUUGAAAGAACUUAUGAAAUCAAGAAUUAUACCGAUGCUGUCGACUUUUUGAGCAUAUUAGCUCGAAAGGGCGGUAGGCUGCUGAAAGGUGGAGAACCUGAUCUCGAUGGAGUAGCAAAGAUGGUGAUCAAUGACUUCCUUCGUGGAAAAAUACCCUGGUUUACACCUCCACCGCAUAUGCCAGGCGAGGAAAAUGAGAAGGUUGGCGGCCGCGAAGGCCGCUUAGGCGAAAUUAGUCGAAAACGAAAGGUUGAGGACUUAGAAAACAGUGGGAUUGGGAAUUCCGCAGAAGGGUCCUCAUCGGAUGAAUCUAACCCUUAUGACAUGGACGACACCUUUGAAGGAUUUGACGAUAAUGAUGAGAUAUCUGAAAAUGACGAAGAAAGCACUUCUGAGCCUAGUGAUGGCUCUGGCUGA